AUGGAUCCUUGCCGCAAUGCUUCAUUCGACAGUACCCUUGGGCUUUUGACCGCAGAGGAGACUGCAGACCCUGCAGAUUGGCAACAUAAACUGAAACCGAGCUACUUGCCGAAUAAUCCAAACCGCCUUAUUAGAUUUCUCGUCGCGCUCUCUGAAAGCCUUGAACGCCGUGGCAUGAAGGAUUGGGCAACCUGGACUCAGAAGAUGCCUUUUUAAAUUUUGCACCAUGGCUAGCACGGAUAAAUUAGUCAUGAGCUCGCUUCUUACGCUAUCCGCGUGUCUCUGGGCCACAGUUGAGCAGAAGAAGGAAAUUGGACAUAUAGUCUUCUACUUCCGCUGUUGUGCUAUGAAGGAGCUGCAGAUAGCUGUUAGCAAGUUCUCCAAGGAUAACUGUGAUACGAUUCUUGCGGCUACAAUGCUAUUGUUGUGGGCAAGUGAUGAACGGUCAAGCUGGAUAAUUUUCUGGGACGGCUUACAGUCUGCCCUAAAGUCAAUGCCGCAGGUAUGGAAGCAAGAGUCUGAGCUGGCAAAUUUUAUUGAAAGUCAACAAUACUUUCAGAUCUUGAAGUUGCCUUCUUGCUCGAGCUACCAAAUUCCUGAUAAGGAUCUACCUAAUCUUUCCUACACAAUUGUGAUUCUUCAAUAUAUCCGGGAUCAGAUCUGGCAUAUUGAUAAAUACUUCGAUCCGGUAAACAAGCUGGUUGAUUUCCUAGAGAAAUGCCAUGAUGAAGUCCACUUUCUUUCACCGGAUCAGGCUUUUCAGCGCGUGCAUUCUAUGCGAAAGUGGCUCUUCUGGCUUCCGCCAACUGUACUGCGGGAAGGUACUGGCGAUACCCUCGGCCUGGCUAUUUUAGCACAAUUCUUCACUGCUGGGCUGGUUCUGAAUGACUUGUACCCUGAGGCUGGAUGUCAUGAUCUAGGGCAGUUAGCCGUCCGCCCUAUCGAAGAGAUUUACUGCACUGUCUACGCGCGCAGCACAAGGACGCCACAAGACCAGGACGUACAACUAGCCAUGUCCCUCGUGGAAUGGCCACGAUACAUCGCCAACCAGUAUUCCUCUCAGGUCAUCGACAGUGUCAAGGUUCCCAUUUCGUACUCUCUAUUUCCAUGGCAGACGCACUAUAUCAACUACUCGGGGAUGAAGCAAGUUUCGAUGACUUGUAUAUCGGAGCCGCCUCAAGCUCAUUACCCAGAACAAUCGGAAGUAUAAUUACUACACCAACUCGGACGCGACUGGCUGAGGGUUGUUCGGACUGCUGGCGUUCGACAGAUGAAGGAUAGCGAAGAAUGUGCCAAGGGAAUUGGCUGUGGACAGGGAGGGCAAACUAGGAGA